AUGCAGAAGAUUCCUUACGCUUCGGCUGUGGGGAGUCUAAUGUAUGCUCAGGUAUGUACACGUCCGGAUAUUGCGUACAUUGUUGGCAUGUUAGGCAGAUAUCUAAGUAACCCUGGAAUGGAUCAUUGGAGAGCAGCCAAGAGGGUUAUGAGAUAUUUACAGAGAACAAAAGAGUACAUGCUUACAUAUAGGAGAUUGGAUCAGUUAGAGUUCAUUGGGUAUUCCGACUCCGACUUUGCUGGAUGCCAAGACAGCAGAAGAUCCACAUCAGGCUAUAUUUAUCUGUUGGCUAGUGGAGCAAUUUCAUGGAGGUCUGCCAAACAGACACUCGUAACUUCAUCCACCAUGGAAACAGAGUUUGUAGCAUGUUAUGAGGCAUCCAAUCAAGGAAUAUAG